AUGUCUGGUGAUUCACUGAGCAAUGUUAACUCGCCGUGGUUAACCUACGAGAAAAUCAUAACCACAUUGAAUCCGGGCGAUUUGAUCGAGAUCACACGCGGUACAUACAGUCACUGGGUCAUGUACCACAAACAAGACAUGGAUGAUAAUUACUGGUGCUAUCAUGUUACGCAAUUUAAUGACGUGGCCAAAAUUAUGUACGAAACGUUAUUCAAUAUCCUGGGUCGUAGCAAAGAGGCCAUGUGUCGGGUUAACAAUCAGGAUGUUAAUGCUCAAAAGAAAAAUGUAAAAGUGCGCAAAUCGCUACAGACCACUUUCGAUGAAUUGGCAAGUUCGGCUGAGAAAAGUCAAAGUGUACAUUAUACAGUAGAGAAACAUCAACAUAUAUAUGAGGGACUGAGAGCAGAACAAACGUCCAGCUCGUCUUCGGGUAUCGGCCGAGAAGUGGCCUUAAAGUUGUCGUCUUUGGGCGCGGAUGUAGUGAUCACUGGUCUGGAAGAGGACGGCAUCCAUGAAGUGGUCAACACAUGUCGGACCCAAUACAAGCGCAAAGCAAUCGGAGUUUUUGGUGACAUAACUGACGACCAGUUUGUGAAGAGUUUGGUCGACACGACUAUCGACGAGUUUAGCAAAAUUGAUAUUCUUGUCAAUAACGCCGGCAUUUGUUUUAAGUUUGAAAGUAUUGAAAACCCGGAAUACAUGAAUAUAUUUGACCGCAUUAUACGAGUCAAUGUAAGAGCGAUGCAAAUGUUGACACAGCUAUCGGUGCCAUAUCUGGUGGCCAGCAAUGGAUGCAUUGUUAACACAUCGAGUGUGAACGCAAUUAAGCCGAUAUCGGCAAUCAAUUCGUAUUGUCAGUCAAAAAGCGCUGUCAAUAUGUUUACCGAGUGUUUGGCACUAGAGUUGGGACCCAAAGGCGUUCGAGUCAAUAGUGUU